AUGUACUACCGAACGCAGCAGAAACCAGCGUCGGUGUUGGGUGCAAAUGGUUUCACGGCGGAAGUGGGAGGGCGUGACCGCGUUCGGUAUUUUAGGCCACCUGUGGAGGUCGCUGGUGUACCAAUGCGAUACUCGGGUAUAGAUACCGUUCGCUUUAGUGCAACUGCACCAACUACCCCGAAUCUGCCUCGUACAUUUGCGGAAACUCGAUUUGACCGCCCCACCUCGAUGGCAGCGGGAUUAGUUGGCCCACCUCAUCACCUGCCGUCGCUUCCGCGUCGUGCCGGAGCGGCUCCACCACAUCCUGUGAAGGCUAAAUCGGUAAAGCUUCCACCACAACGUACAAAACGUGUAGAAAAACUGGCUAGCACCAUUGGAACCGAUGGGAAGUGUGACGCCGCCAUGCAAACGGUCUUCCGGGAGAAUGAAGCCCAGACGUUACCAUAUACCCCUAAUUAUUACAUUCCCGAAGGAGGUGACCCCAAUCCUCAGGUGCUUGGACUCAUGGAGUUACACUGGAAUGAAGGCCUACCUGCGGGGAAGGAGGAGGUAGAGCUCAUCCAGCGGCUCCGUCGCAGGCGUGCAGUGGAAGCGUCUUUGUUGGACGAAACGAGUAAAGAAGCAAAGAUGGAGAACUUCUGUAAGUUGUAUGACUUGGAGGUCAAGGAGAGGGAAGAGCGAGAACAACAUUUUGAAAAUUUGAGGAAACGGCGUCUUGAUCAAAUUCACGAAGCACUUCAGGAGAGGGAAAGAGCGCGGGAUGAGUUAAACCGUCAACGGUUGGAGAAAGUGAAAGAACAGCGCUUGGCCAAUUUACAGCGGGUCAUUGAGCAAAUGGAGUCAAAACGCGUUGGGAUGGGACGUAAAGCGCUUGCUGAGCAGGCUUCAAAGGCGCCUGCUGCCGCUGGCCGCGGCUUGUACGCGGUGGAUCCCAUUGAAACGUUCAAGCGGAAACCCGAUCUGAUCCAAACCUAUGCUAGAAGAGGUACCGGUGCCGUGGAACCGCAAUUAUGCACCAACAACGGCGGUGGUUCCGCUUCUGCGUCACCUCGGAGAGACCGGUCUCGGAAGCCACUGAGAAAUUACAGGCAGUAUGAUAUUCAGCCCGCAAUGCUGAAGUAUGAGGGCGGUAUCGCAGAAUUAGAGGCAAAUAAGAUACCUAAGAUUCAGCAAAUUGCCCCUAAUGCUUUUGCUGCACCAGAGAACCACGCUAUAAACUCACUGCCGUCGUUGUACCAGCGCCGGGAGGCCACACGUGUGGUGGAGGCUCUGGAAUAUGUUCAUGCGAAAAUUCACAAAAGUGAUACUCCUGCGGAGACUAUUCGUGUGCUUGAGCUGUACCGUGCCACUCCACGACCACAGCGGCCUGAUACCCCAACGUUGGAAUUGGAGGGUGACGUCAAUGAGGCUGUGGAGGAAAGCUGCACACUUCUUCAACGCCUUCUUCGGGGUCGUGCCGUGCAGAACGACUUCUUCGAUGGAAAGGAGCGCUGCCGUGGUCUUAUUGAGGAGCUUCAAGCCGCGUCGAAUGCCAAAUACGCCGAACGCAGUGCUGAAGAGAAGCAGGCGGAAGCGGAAGAAAAGAUGCGUGAGGCUAUAGCUGACAGUAUAGGAAAUGAGGCUCAGGGUGACAUCAUAUGCGACACACUUGACUACCUGUUCCAUGAGAUGACACGGCAGCAAGAUCUUCUUGCAUUGGAGGCGUUGCGGCACGAAGCAGAAGCUGUCCGUGCCGAGCGUGAGGCCAGAGAGGCUGAGUUGCGUGCACAGGAGCGUAUUCUACACGACAAAGAGGCUGUGCAGUACGCCGCUUAUGUUCGUGCCAUCGAAGAUAUUGUUGAGUGUUACUCUCAUGACCUCUAUGCCACAGUGGCUGAGGAGUGUGCGAUGGAAGAAGCCAUUGAAGCAGAGUGUCAGCGCUUAGAGCAACUGCCCCCACCAACAAGCAACAUAUUGAGCGAUCCAGAAGUGGCAGAGAACCUCGUGUGCGAUGUUCUAGACAACUUUGUGUUGCCUGCUGUCAUCGAUAUGGUGCGAAUGAAGCCAGAAGAACUAGACCGAAAGGCCCCGGCGGCAGCGGCCGCUGGCUUUAGGCAACGGUCUCCAAAUGAAAAAGAGACGAAAGAGUGA